AGAAAAUGCCCAGAGGAUGGUUGGGAUGAUUCAGCAAUAGAGAUGAUUGUUAAUGAAUUGUCUCAGAUGGACAGUAAUAAUUUUUCUCACAACUGCGGAGUCGGAGAAAGAGAAGCUAGAAUUUAUUCAAAUCUUGUGUCACGGCGCCAUUAUCGUUUGGGACAUGGCAUAGGACGAUCUGGUGAUAUUGCUGAAGUUCAGCCAAAAGCUGCUGGUUCUAGUCUACUCAAUAAGCUUACAAAUUCAAUAGUUUUGGAUGUUUUGAGGUCUGUUGGUGUCCAAAAAGCAGCUGCUUGUUUGGUUGUUCCAGUGGCAACAGGCAUGAGUAUGGUUCUUUGUCUGUUAACCCUUAGACAACAAAGGCCCAAGAGCAAAUAUGUAAUUUGGCCUCGUAUUGAUCAGAAAUCAUGUUUCAAGUCUAUUAUCACAGCAGGGUUUGAGCCUAUCACUGUAGAGAAUAUCCUGGAGGGAGAUGAACUGCGAACUGAUGUGCCUGAAAUAGAAAGGUUGAUUACUACUCAUGGCCCUGAUACUGUUGCAGUUGUAAUGACAACAACCAGUUGCUUUGCUCCUCGUGGGAUUGAUAAACUUGAGGAGGUGGCUAAGUUGUGCUCAGAGUAUGGAAUACCCCACAUUAUUAAUAAUGCAUAUGGAGUCCAGUCUUCAAAGUGUAUGCAUCAUAUUCAACAAGCUGCAAGAGUAGGCCGAGUAGAUGCGUUUGUUCAAAGUACUGAUAAAAACUUCAUGGUACCAGUAGGAGGCUCAAUCAUAGCUGGAUUUGAUUCAAAGUUCAUUGACCAAAUAGGAAAAAUGUACCCAGGAAGAGCAUCAAGCAGUCCAGUUGUAGACCUUUUCAUGACACUUUUGUCAAUGGGCAAACAAGGUUACAAGAAACUACUUGAAGAAAGGAAAGACAUGAAGAAUUACCUUGCAGACCAGAUGGAAGCUGUUGCUAAAGAUUAUGGACUACGUUUACUUAUAUGUAAAAAUAACCCAAUUUCUAUAGCCAUGAGCUUACCAGUUGAAGAAAGUGCAGCACUGACAGAACUUGGUUCCAUGCUGUUUUUGAGAGGUGUUUCAGGCACCAGGGUGAUUGCAACUACUGAUGUCAAAGCCAUCGCUGGAUAUACAUUUGAAGGUUGGGGCGCUCACUCAAAAAGCUACCCAGUGGCAUAUCUCACAGCAGCAGCAAGCAUUGGAAUGACAAGAAAAGAUGUGGAUCUUUUUGUUCAGCGACUAUGUAAGUGCCUCAGCAAGUUUCAGUCAAGGAAAGAGAAGCUUAGUAAAAAUAUACAACCUGUUAAUAUAGACAAUGCUCUUGAAACUAAUAGUAACACUACUAUAGAUAAAUGAUAUAUUACCAGUGCAGAAAAAGGAUAUGAGGUUGAGCAUGAAAAACAUCAUUCUACAUAAUUUUGAAAAAUAAAGACAUUAAUAAUUCUA